CUUUUUUUGCUUACUAAAAUCAUCUUGUUUUAAGAUAAAAAAAAUUUCAUUCUUACAAAAAUUCCAUAUGCCGACGUUCGUAAAGUGUCAAAUCUGGUCACUUUAGGUCCAACUAAAGUAAUAAACAUUAUCAUGGCAAAACGCGAACAUUCAGACACAAAGCACGGUGGUGCUUCAAUAAAAAGGCUCAAGUUUAAACGUACAGGCAUCGAGAAAAAUGAAAGUGGAAUCUUGAUUACGGUACCUCGUGGUAAAGAGAGACAAGCGUCCAACGAAAUUAUAAAUGUUCUCUCUCAACAUGUUGCUACCCUCUGGCCUGAAACAAUAGGACCUGAAGAGAGUGAUGAUGAUGAGGGGGACUUGGAAGAAGCCAUUUCUCGCGAAUUGGAAGGAAUGAAAGAGAAGAAAAAGAGUAAAAAGGAGUUAUUGACUCCAAUCUUGAUUGACUUACAAUGUGUGGUUUUUAUAAAAAUAAGACCUCCUAUAGAUCCUGUUCGAUUGGUGGAAUACACUUGCAAAGAAGGGAAGACGAAAAAGAUGACUCGCUUUACCCAAAGGUUGACGCCCAUAGUCAGGACAACAGGAGCCUCAAUUGAAGAAUUGGAAGACUUGGCUUUAGAAGUAUUGAAACCUCAUUUUCAUGAAGGACAACAGGAUUUGAAGUUUGCUGUCCAAGCUACUAUUCGAAAUCACUCAAUUCUAAAGAAGGAUGAUAUUUAUAGAUCCAUUGCGAAAUGUGUUGGGCGUGAGCAUAAAGUUGACUUGAAAAACUAUGACCUUCUUAUCAUGGUCCAGGUGUUUAAAAACAUAAUUGGAAUGAGUGUCGUGAGAGAUUAUGAGCAGCUGCGAAGGUUUAAUUUAAAUGAGCUUUACCAGCCAGGAAGCUCAAAAGUUGACGAGAAGACGAAACCUGUAGAGAAGGAAAUCAACAAGGAUGAAAACAAACAGACUGCUGAAGCAAAGCCAAUAUCAGACAUUCCAGAACCAAAAGAGUCUACUAACUCUUAACGAUGGGCACACAAAAAAUGUUUGUUGGCUAAAAAAAAUAAAAAUAAAAAAAUGUUUUUUUUUUUGGGGAGGAGGGUGUUUCAUUUAAUUAAUCGUUCAGUUCAGUCAGAAAUUUUAUGAGAAAGUUACAAUGAAAU